CCCGGCCCCCCGGCUGCCCGUGGUCAAACUGGAGUCGCUGAAGCGCUGGAACGAAGAGAGGGGCCUCUGGUGCGAGAAGGGAGUGCAGGUGUUGCUGACCACGGUGGGCGCCUUCGCAGCCUUCGGCCUCAUGACCAUCGCCAUCAGCACGGACUACUGGCUCUACACGCGCGCCUUCAUCUGCAACACCACUAACCUCACGGCUGGCGACGACGGGCCCCACCACCGCGGGGGCAGCGGCUCCUCGGAGAAGAAGGACCCCGGCGGACUCACCCACUCGGGCCUCUGGAGGAUCUGCUGCCUGGAAGGGUUGAAAAGAGGCGUCUGCGUGAAGAUCAACCAUUUCCCGGAGGACACGGACUACGACCAUGACAGCGCGGAGUAUCUGCUGCGAGUCGUCCGGGCCUCCAGCAUCUUCCCCAUCCUCAGCGCCAUCCUGCUGCUGCUCGGGGGCGUGUGCGUGGCGGCCUCCCGGGUCUACAAGUCCAAGAGGAACAUCAUUCUGGGAGCAGGGAUCCUGUUCGUGGCAGCAGGCCUGAGCAACAUCAUCGGCGUGAUCGUGUACAUCUCGGCCAACGCGGGCGAGCCGGGCCCGAAGCGGGACGAGGAGAAGAAGAACCAUUACUCGUACGGCUGGUCCUUCUACUUCGGCGGGCUGUCGUUCAUCCUGGCCGAGGUGAUCGGCGUGCUGGCCGUCAACAUCUACAUCGAGCGCAGCCGCGAGGCGCACUGCCAGUCUCGCUCGGACCUGCUCAAGGCCGGCGGGGGCGCGGGCGGCAGUGGCGGGAGCGGCCCCUCGGCCAUCCUCCGUCUGCCCAGUUACCGCUUCCGCUACCGCCGCCGCUCCCGCUCUAGCUCCCGCUCCAGCGAGCCGUCGCCGUCGCGGGACGCGUCUCCCGGCGGCGCCGGGGGCCCGGGCUUCGCCUCCACGGACAUCUCCAUGUACACGCUCAGCCGCGACCCGUCCAAGGGCAGCGUGGCCGCGGGGCUGGCUAGCGCCGGUGCCGGCGGCGGGGCGUACGGCGGCGCGGCGGGGGGCGCGGGGGGCGGCGGCGGCGGCGGCGGCGGGGCGGGCGCCGAGCGGGACCGCGGGGGGGCGUCCGGCUUCCUCACGCUGCACAACGCCUUCCCCAAGGAGGCGGGCGGCGGCGUCACGGUCACGGUCACCGGGCCGCCCGCCGCGCCUGCGCCCGCCGCGCCCGCGCCCGCCGCGCCAGCCCCCGGGACCCUGGCCAAGGAGGCCGCCGCCUCCAACGGCAACACGCUCAACAGGAAAACCACGCCCGUGUAG